UAAAUUAAUCGCAACCCAUGGACCGACCCAUAGCGGAUCGAUAACAAAAAGCCGUUUACCGGCAUCUCGAUCAUCGGUGCGGCCGCUACGAGUUCUAACUGAGGUAGCCAAGGGUGCCUCUCGGUGUGCGCGGUCUCAGCAGUACGGAACCCACCAUACCGCCGGGCGGUCGUUUGCCAAAUAGUGUGUCCGAUUGGAUCCGGUGCGCGUGUGUCUUUAGCUCGUUGGCGAGAACGAGCAGGAGCCGAAGGUCGCGGAAAAGGAAGAGAAUAGCUUAUCUUAGCAGCGUCGAUAAUGCCGAACAUAAGACCACUGUCGGCCGAACUGGCCAAGAAGGCCGCGGACGAGCUGUUCGAGAAACCGGAACGUCUGGACGAGGAUUUGGCGGCGCUGCGGACUUGGCUUGCCAAGUGCCCGCACAUCAAGUCCCGCACGGAUGACCAGUUCCUGACGAUGUUCCUGCGCGGCUCCAAACACAGCCUGGAGCGAGCGAAGGAAAAGCUGGACCUGUACUACACCAUCCGGACGGCACUGCCCGAGCUGAUGCGUAACCGGGAUCCGGAGGAACCAAAGAUACAGGAGCUGGUAAAGCUCGGCACUAUGAUACCGCUACCGAAUACGGUCACACCGGAUGGUCCUAGGAUUAUUCUAGUACGGCCGGGAACGUACGAUCCCACCAAGUACACCAUUCAGGAUGUGUUCCGCUACAACACCAUGAUGGCCGAUAUUAUGAUGAAGGAGGAUGACAAUCUGAUCGUUGCCGGACAGAUGGGAAUUCUGGAUCUUUCCGGCGCAACCAUGGCGCACUUCCUGCAGUUUAGUCCGUCUUUCGUGAAGAAGGCCACCAUGUGGAGUCAGGAGGGUUCUCCACUGCGUCAGAAGGGUUUCCACUACGUCAACACACCGAGCGGCUUCGAGCUGGUGUACAACAUGUUCAAGAACUUCCUGAACGAGAAGAACCGUUCGCGGUUGCAUGUGCACGGCAAUAAUCUAGAUUCGCUGUACGAGCACAUUCCGAAGAGCAUGCUGCCGACUGAGUACGGUGGAGAUGCCGGUCCAAUCCAGGACAUCGUGGACGCAUGGGCCAAGAAGGUACUCAGCCACAAGGAGUACUUCAAGGAGGAGGACAACUAUGGUACGGAUGAGAAGAAGCGACCGGGGCGACCAAAGAGUGCCGAUACUCUGUUCGGACUGGAAGGUUCCUUCCGUAAGCUGGAGGUCGAUUGAGCUGGCCAGAACCACCGAAGCCAACGAUGGGAAAUAGACAAUGAAAGUUCAAAUAAAGCCACACACGGGUGCAAUGGGUCA